AAUUAUUUUUCCAUUAAUAUCAUUUAUUCAAUCAUGAGAAUAAUAUGUUAUCGAUAACCACUCGCACAUGGCAACCCUGAUUUGUUAUAUCAAAUACAGCUGUUCGUUGUUGACACAACUCUCACAAUUAUUUAUACAGCUGUGGUGAACAUUAGACUUUGCUUAUCACUAACCCACAGUGUCCUGUAAGGUUUUAUAGAAUCAAUCGAUAUUGGUUUGGAAGAUCUGCCGCAGUGUUUGAGAUUUAUUUCUGAGCAUUCCAUUAUUAAUACGUCGACAUGUCUUUACGUCAACUUGUUGAUGGGGAUUGUGGUGGCGUUAAUCCACUCAUGCAACUUGGGGGACAAUUCACACGAGACGCCGCACGCAAAGAUGAAGGCUUUACGAAUGCUCAGUUUGAACGUAACUUAAGAUCGGAUGAGCAUCUAGUUAACGAGUUCCUAGGACAGGUGACGGCUCCGCCACAAUCUUUCCAAAUGGAUGCCCUACUACAAGAGAUGCGUGAAAUAGAACAAACAAACGCCAUGGCAGUCCAACAAGCAACUCGUGGUAUGGAUAAUAUAAGCGGUGUUAGCAAAGAGUGGGCAAAUGAAUUUGGCAUGCAACCGUCAAUGACAGCAACUACACAAAUGGUCCAUAUGCAGCCGCAGAAGCAACAGUUGGUGCAUGUGCGUGAGUUUUUCGAUGAUGAAGGACCCGGCGUAUCAAGUUCCUUUCUUGGACAUACACCAGCAUCGCCAUUUAUGCCACUACAAACAAUCCCAACACCAUACCUAGCCAUAUGCCCACCCUACGUACCAAGUACGGAGAGGUUUUUUGAAGAAGCAAAGUCACUUACUAAAGAAGAUACAGAAAAAUUAUUACCCCAGACGUCUACUAAGGAGUAUGUUGCAGAUUGGAUCAACGAUUAUGUAGCCAGUGCAAAACAACGUCAACAAGCAACUGGCAGCUAUAAUGAGAGUUUCUGGCAACGUCUUCAGGAUGAAUGGCAAAAGUUAUCUGAAGAGUCUGAGCAUCCUUGGUUAUCUGAAUAUGGCGAAAAUUACGAUCCAUAUAAAGAGUAUGGCUUUGCUGAAGAAAAUCCAUUGGCGGAUGUGGAAAAUGCAUUGGAAAAAGGAAAAGAAUACAUGCGAAAUGGCGACAUACCUAGUGCAGUUCUUUGUUUUGAAGUGGCUGCUAAAAAGGAGCCAGAAAACGCCGAUGCCUGGGAGUUGUUAGGCAUGGCACAGGCAGAGAAUGAAAAUGACCCACAAAGUAUAGCUGCCUUAAAGCGUUCUUUGGCGCUACGUCCAGAUAACAAUCGUGUGCUAAUGGCACUUGCAGUUUGCUACACCAACGAAAGUCUACAGAGUCAUGCUCUUCGCAUGCUAAUCAACUGGAUGGAAGUAAAUCCGAAAUACAAACAUCUACUGCAACAGCAUCCAGAUUUGCAAACUGAUAGUGAUGCCAUGGCUUCCUCGUUAAUCAAUGGUAGCAAACUGCAAGCAGUGCAAAAUCUCUUUCUCGAUGCUGUACGUUUGAAUCCACAAGAAGUCGACGCUGACGUGCAGGAAGCUUUAGGUGUGCUCUACAACCUAUCCUCCGAGUACGACAAAGCAGUCGACUGCUUUCGUGCCGCACUACAUGUUAAUCCCCAGAAUGCAAAAGUAUGGAAUCGUCUGGGUGCUAGUUUAGCCAACGGCUCACGUUCUGUAGAAGCAGUGGAAGCCUAUCAGCAUGCAUUGCAGUUAGAACCGGGCUUCAUACGUGUACGUUAUAAUGUUGGCGUGUGUUGCAUGAACUUGAAAGCAUACAAACAAGCCGUUGAACAUCUGCUAACGGCUUUAAAUAUGCAAGCAAAUACGACGGCUGCGCGCGAUUUACCUGACGGCGCAGGCGCUAUUGGCGGUGGUCAAACGCAAAUGUCCGACUCCAUUUGGAGUACAUUAAAAAUGAUUAUCUCCUUAAUGGGCCGUAGUGAUUUGCAUGGCGCUGUAAAUGCACGUGAUCUCAAAGUGUUGAAUGAAACCUUCAUGGACGCAGUCUAAUUACGCCCAGUGCUAUUUCUUAACUGUAAAACUUACUAUUAAGUUUGAAAAUUUAAAUAUUGAUGGUGUUGGCUUGGUUUUGCAAACUUAAUCAUAUACAAUGCAACUUUUUAAUAAACA